AAAACGGAUUUUGCUCAAAUGCUCAAUAGGAACACAUUCAUUUUGGACUCCCUCACUAGCGCCCUCCAAUGUCUGAGAGCCACUGAAACACCAUGGUUUAGUGGGUGUUCUCCUCUGUAUAAGCUCUGUGUCAGGACUGGGUUUAGUAGCGCUGCUGCUGCUGGUGAGGAGAAGUUUGGACUCUUCCACAUUAAAAAUUAGCAUUAAAAUAUCAGCGCAGAUCCGCUAUAUUCCCUCUAAAUGACGACUUGCGGUUGAUUAAACACUCAGACGGCGAUAAUGGAUGCAGUUAAGGCCUUUAACGUGGAGAUGCUGUCCAUGAUGGACAUGAAGCCUCCAAUUUCCAGAGCCAAGAUGAUGUCCAUCACGAAAGCUGGAAUAAAAGCAAUCAAGCUGUAUAAACAUGUUGUCCAGAUAAUUGAGAAAUUCAUCAAGAGGUGUGGGCCGGAGCUGAAGGUUCCAGGGCUGUAUGUGGUGGACUCUAUUAUCAGGCAGUCUCGACAUCAGUUCGGAGAAGAUAAAGAUGUGUUCGGGCCGAGAUUUCUGAAGAACAUGAAUGAAACCUUCCAGAGCCUCUACCAGUGUCCUCCAGACGAUAAAGCAAAGAUCCUGCGUGUGCUGAAUCUAUGGCAGAAGAACUCUGUGUUUGGGAUGGAUGUCAUUCAGCCCCUGCUGGACCUGGCUACAGCUUCGUUUACACCUGUCCUGGAGAAUGGUACUACACUAGAAGGGUCUCCAGCUGCCCAGCUACCCUCUGUAUCUGUCCCCGCUGCUCUGGACCAGCCUGUCACUAUGAGAAUCUUUUCUGAACAACCAAACCCGGCGGCUCUACCCCAGUUCCAGAACCUGAACGCUCUGCCCCAGCAGCAACCCCAAGUUCAGAACCCGGCGGUUAUUCCUCAAAUUCCUCAGUUUCAGAACCUGAACGCUCUGCCCCAGCAGCUACCCCAGGUUCAGAACCCGGCAAUUAUGCCUCAAAUUCCCCAGUUCCAGAACCUGGCGACUAUGCCCCAGAUACCACAGCAUCACAACCCAACAGCUCUGCCCCAGCUGCAGAACCCGUCAACUGUGCAGCCACUACAGAACGUUGCAGCUCUGCCCCAGCAGCAGAGCCCAGCGGCUGCCCCGCCACUGCAGAACCCAGCAGCUCUCGCUGCCGUCACUCAGUUCUUACAGUCUGCUCAGGGCUUAAAUCUCCAGCAGAUGCUGCAGAAUCUUCAGCAGGGAGGUGCUAAUGCCCAGCCAGCAGCCCAGACUGCUGCACCCACCCAGCAGAAAAGCUCAAUUGCAAAGGUUUUACUGGACCGUUUUGAUUAUGAUGAGGAACCGGAUGCGGUGGAGGAGCCAACUCAGGAGGAAACGACUCCUGCUGUGUCUGCAGCUGUAAACCUUGAAGCCCUCCAGCAAGCUUUGCAAGCCCACCUUUUAGGCCAGCUGUCCAGCCAGUUGCUUCCUAAUGAGCAGGCAGCGCCACAGAACUUGCCGGUUCCACAGACAGUGGCUGGUUUGGUGCAGGCCACCGGUCAAGGACAGGCCAUCCUUCCACACAGCCAGUUACAAGGAGCUUCUGAGACACUACAGACCCAAAACCAUGGUCAUGUUGAAGCAGAACUGCCGGUACAGGACGUACCACUGGAGUCCCCUCAGCCCAGGAGAGAUGAAAGGGAUUCGAGGUACAGCAGACGAUCACGGUCCAGGUCUCCUAGAAGACGGUCAUCCUCACACUCGAGGAGAUCCCGCUCCGGGUCUCGGUCACGUCGCUCGAGGUUUCGUCGCUCACGGUCUCGCUCCAGGGAGCGGAGGAGGGGCUCUCCCAGGAGGCGGGCGGACGACAGGAGGAGAGAUGACAGGAGGGUAGAUGACAGGAGGGCGGAUGGCAGGCGAGCAGAUGACCGACAUGAAAGAGAGAGAAAACAGAAAGGUUUUCCUUCCACCAAGAGAGAAACGCUCACCGUGUGCAGCACAACUCUGUGGAUCGGUCAGCUGGAUAAGAAAACCCAGCAGCAGGACGUCACCAGCCUGAUUGAAGAGUUUGGACAGAUCGAAUCAGUCAAUAUGAUUCCACCAAGAGGCUGUGCCUACGUAGUCAUGGUGCACAGACAGGAUGCCUACACAGCCCUGACCAAGCUCAGCAGAGGCAGCGCCAAAAUCAACCACAAACCCUUCAAGAUUGCGUGGGCGCUUAAUAAAGGAGUAAACUCGCGAUUUAAGAAGUAUUGGGACGUGGACCUGGGAGUCACAUACAUCCCCUGGAGUAAGCUGAAGACUGCUGAGAUAUUGGGUCUGCGAGAGGGAGGCACACUGGACCAGGACUCUUUCAAACCAGAGUGGGUGUCGAUGCUGGACGACCUGCUGAAACCAGUGGGAGAUAACCGAGGAAAGCCUGAAGGAGGAGAUGGUGAAGGAGCUGCUGUCGCCGCGGCUGGGCCACAGGUUCCAGUAGUGAAUGUAGAAGUUGUGAGGUCUCCUGCUGCUGUGACCCCUGCUGUUACCUCACCCCCCCACAAACACUUAGCACCAGACCAGCCAGAUGUUCCCUCAGCAAACCCAACAGAAGGCAAAGAGAAUCAGACUGAAUCCCCUGAAGUUCUCCUGCCCACCAGCCCUCCUGCUGUACCCUUUGUUGGAACAGGGCCCGGACCCCUGCAGCAUCCUCCAAGACCCCUUCCUCCGUUUACUUCACCAUUCCCCAACAACAUGCAUCCAAACAUGACUCCAAUGAACACGCCCCAUCCAAACAUGCCUCCUAUGCGUAUGCCUCAGCCAAUGAUGAUACCCCAGGGCCCCAUGUUCAGAGAGAGACCACCACGACCCACUGGACCCAUUGGACCAAUGGGACCCCAAGGACCGAUGGGACCUCAGAGACCUAUAGGACCCCAUGGACCUAUGGGACCCCAGAGACCUAUGGGGCCCCAGAGACCUAUUGGACCCCAGAGGCCUAUGGGACCCCAGGGACCUAUCGGACCCCCAGGACCCUUGGGCCCCCCUGGCAGGUUCAGGAUGCCAAUGCGUGGCCCACGUGAAGGAUUCCCGCACCCUAGGGAGGGGUUCCAACCCCCUAGAGAAGGCUUUCAACCCCCCAGGCCAAGGUUCCCACCUUCAGGACCCAUGGAGGGGGAGAACUGGGACCAUGGCCCUUUGAUGAAUGACUGGCAUGACAAUGGGCCCAACAGGGGUCCAGAAUGGUUUGGAGAGGAGCCUCCCUUCAGACGUGGAGGGUGGGGCCGAGGUGGCCCAAGGGGACGAGGCCAUUUCUGAACCUGAGAUUUAAAGCUGGGUGUUCUUAAAGAACUGAAAGAAGUUUGAAAGAUUGGCCUCACUAACUAUUAAGACUUUUGUUGCUACGGACAAACGUGGACUUCUGAGGUUACGUGUGCCAAUAAACAUGAGCCCCAAUGGUCAGGCUGUUUCAGGAGUGAGUGAACUUUGAGUGUGUGUGUGUGUUUGUGUGUGUGCGCAAGACUGUUAAAAGGUCAUCUCUACUGAAGUAAAGGGCGAAUUGUACUUCUAUGUCGAGUCAAGGCAGAGUCUACAGUGCAAGUGACACACGCCAAUGUGGGCAUUUAUACUUGUGCGCUGGUGUGUCUGCAGUUCUUUGCGGUUACUCCAUUAAAACAGUAAUGUAAAGGCGGGAAUAUGAUGCUUAGUGGACCAAUCACAGUUGCUAAGAUCUCCAGCACUGUGACAGCAACAGGCUAUGCCAUAGGCUACAGCAUAGAUUCAGUGCAUUAAAUUCUGCACAGAAGCAUAAAUCAGCCUUAAGUGUGGCAUUGUGAGGUCAUUUUGGAAUAGCGCCCUUUCAGAAGACUGCUUUGGGAGGUGACCUUUAAUCCCCAAUAGAACGUUUUAAUUGGGCCUGAAAUUAGGCAAAGUUACUAUUGAAACAAUUCUGAGGUCACGUGUGUCAGCGAAUGUGACUUGAGGUCGCAAAGACAUUUAGCCAAUUCUUUUAAAACUUUUCAAAACUACAAGACUGUCAUUUCUAUCAAACUUAGGAUGUCGUUCUCAGGUCACAUGUGCUCAAUAAACAUGACUGGACCUAAACGGACAUGUUUAAGUUCCUCCCCCCCCCCCACAGACUGUAGACUUUGGGUCUCUGUGAACUCUACAAGGCUAUAGAAAUGUCACUGCUGUUAAAAUAAGUAGGCCAUUCUGUGAUCACGUGGGCCAACAACAUGUCCAGGUGGAAAGAUCUGCCCGCUGGGGAAGGUGAUUUUAAAUCCCCAAAGACUGUUUCUAAGGUUUGGGCUCCAGCUUGAAUCCAGUGAAGACGAAUGGGUUGCAGUAGAAAUGUCAUUGCCUUGGUAAUAUAUGCGUGAUCCUGGAGUCACGUGAGUCCGUUACCAGAGUUUUCUUCGUGUUUGAAGAAUCCAGCAGGCUGUUGACUUCAAGUGUAAUUUAGUUUAAGUUUUAAGACUGUAGAAACCUUUUUUCCAUUCUAGGGUAUCGUGUGGCUGUACACAUGAAUGGGCCUCAGGGCUACUUUCUGUAAAAAUAUUUUUCAUGUUGAAAUAAAUGGAGUAUUUCAAGGUCCCGUGUGCCGACUGACAUCCAUUAGCUAACAAAUGACACGUUUUUAAACAUGGAAGAAAUGUCAUUGCUGUUGACUUUAACAGGUGAAUCAGUCUUAUGUCACAAACAAUGUCUAUGUCUAACAAAAAUGAUGUGAAGGGAAGUGAGCUAGGUCCCCAAAGACAGUUAGGUAAAACUAAAGCUGUGAAAUUUCCCAUUAACUUUUGGCUCCAGUGUAGGAUUUAAAUUUGCAAAAUGUUACAUUUUUUGUAAUUUUUGAAUUAAGUAUAUACGUUUUUGAAGGUCACGUGUGCCAACAAAUGUGACUAAACAAGUACAAAAUGCUUUUUUGUGUUUGAAAACCACAAUUUUGAUACUUCCAGAUAAUUAGGGAAAUAUUAAUUUAGAGAAAUAUCUUUGUAGAAAUAUCUUUGGUUUGGGUUUUUGUGUGAAAGUCCUGAAUAUGCAUGUUUAUACUGAUCUCGCCUGACUGUUUGGAGGGAGGAGGAUGCGCCAGGGCAGGCUGGUGUGCCGUCAGGCUGGCAUUUAUUAACAAAGGGUGUCCAUUUUUUAUCGGACAGCGGCAUACUUCUCCUGUGAGCUCAUUGUUGGUUUUAAUAAAAUAUUUUUCUACUAA